UGAACGAUCGGGUACCUGUUUCGUUAUUCCCUCGUUCGUGUUUUUAACCGUAGCGACCGAAUAACGAGUUGUCCCGCCGUGUACGCGCCCCGCGCGAGUGCGUUGAUACUCAGUGCGACUAGUGUGUCCGCGUCCGUCCGCCCGUUCGUUCGUUCGCCGGAUCGAUUGAUGAUUUUUAUUUUUUUUCUCGUUAUAGACGUCGCGAGUUUGAAUUUUUUUUAAUAUCGUUACUUAUAUUACGUUCAAUCCGGACGAUAGUCGUCGUUACGACUUGACGUAUGCGUGCGCCAAUAGUGUUCCGUUUUCGUUUGCCCGAUAACAGCGGCGGCCCCGCCGCGUGCGGGACCAUCGGGUUUUCCGAAGUCCGUCAUAUCACAGAACAAUGCGACUUACGUGCGGCGUGUGUUUCAGACGAUUAGCAUAAUGUCGAGCGGAAGCAGUGGCGGAAAGUCGGCUUCUGUCGGCGGCGAGGGCGUAAAGCCGGGCGUGGGAUCGGCGUUCGUGCCGGUCAUGCCGUCCAGCGGAUCGUUCUACGGUCAUCCGUCGAUCGCGUCGCUACAACAGCCGUCGCCGUCGUCGGCCGACUUUUUCGCCGCGUCCAUGAUGGCCGACAAGCACAAGGCCCUCCACCAGCACCACCACCUGUCGUCGCUCCAGCAACAGCAACAGCAACAACCGUCGCCGGGCAUGUACGUGCCCAAACACAAGUCACAGCAACAGCAACAGCAGCAGCAACAGUCGCCGUCGGCCAACGCGGCUGCCGCGGCCGCGGCGGCUGUCUCGCUGCUCCACCAACAGCAGCAAAACGAACUGAUGGCCAUGGCGCUGGACAAGAACAAGGUUUUGCAGGCGGUCAUGCACCAGCGGGGCUAUGGUCACCCGUUCCUGCUCAACCCCGCCGGCCAGUACGGUGGCCAGCCGCAUUCGUCGCUAUUCGGUGGCCCGGCCGCUGGUGCCGGCCCGGGAGCGUUUGGCUCGGUGGCCGCCCGACCGCGGACCUCGGCUGUGGGUACCGGCGCGGGUGGCAUCGGCCGAGCAUCCCGUCCCAAAAAGCAAUUCAUAUGUCGGUUCUGCAACCGACAGUUCACCAAGAGCUACAACCUGUUGAUACACGAGCGAACUCACACUGACGAGAGACCGUACUCGUGCGACAUUUGCAAAAAAGCUUUCCGCAGACAAGACCAUUUGCGCGAUCACAAGUACAUACAUUCCAAGGAGAAACCGUUCAAGUGCACGGAAUGCGGCAAGGGCUUCUGUCAGUCGCGCACGCUGGCCGUGCACAAGAUACUCCACCUGGAAGAGUCGCCGCACAAGUGUCCGGUGUGCAAGCGCAGCUUCAACCAGCGCAGCAAUCUCAAGACGCAUCUGCUCACGCACACCGACCACAAGCCGUACGAGUGUUACUCGUGCAACAAAGUGUUCCGGCGGAACUGCGAUCUGCGACGGCACACGCUCACGCACGCGGUCGGUGACGCGCCCGCCGCCGGAGCGUUGGGCGGCAGCGGCGCCGCUACCUCGUCGGCCGCGUCUCCCGCGGGCGCGGUCGUGCCCCGGUCGGCGGCCGACGACGAUGACUAUCUCGACGACGACGAGGACGAGGACGACGACGAAAUGAUGCUGCAGCAAACGCCGUCGUCCGAACGAAGCCGUCGUCGCGGUGGCGAAGACGACGACGACUGUGGCGGCGAGGACGGGGACGACGACGAAGACGUGGACGUGGACGAAGAGGACGCGGCCGCCGCCCCGACCGAACCGUCUGCUCCAGCCGCCGCCGCGUCCGCUCCGACCUCCUCGUCGAGUGUUGCCGAAACUGUCACGAAACAGGAACCGACGACGUCGUCUUCGUCGACGGCCGCGGACGCGGAUUCCGCGGGUACCUCGGCUGCCGCCACCGCUGCCGACGAAGAAGAAGAGGAGGAAGACCCGGGACAGAUUUCGCUGUUCCGGCGGCCAGCCGUCGCCAGAGCGGCCGUCGUGCACGAAACAAAGUGUCACGACGAGUCGUCCGCGUACACCAUGCGCCCGUCGUCCAGCUACUAUCACCACCACAACCGUUACCAACAGCAGCAGCAACCGCACAACCACCAUCAACCGCCGCAACCGCUCCAUCUAUUCCUACAGCCGCCGCUACUCCAUCACCCACAAGUCCAGCAGCACCACCACGCCAUGUUGAACGUCAGGCGCGACUUGCACGAUCGGACGACGAGAAUGGUGAUGCCGGUACCUCCGUCACCGUCACAGGCGCUGCCUUCGCCGCAGCCGCCCGCGUACCAGCCGCUUCAGUUCCAACCGGCGUCCGGUUCGUCGGUCGUCGCCGUGCCGCCGCCGCCGACGCCGCAACAGACGCCUCAGCCGCCGCCCACUCAGAACAACGGACAGCCGCCCCCGCCCAAGCGCAAAGGGUUCAGCAUCGACGAACUGAUGAGUUAACGCGCGCCGAUGUCGCGCGCGAUCGUGUCGGUUCGAUUUGCCGAGUCGUGCGCGAAAUCGAAUACGAUGAUGACAAAUUGCAAUGUACAUAAUAAUGACUUAUAUAGAUUACGUUUUAGUCGUUGAUUUCGAGUGUGUUGUGUGCACUCGAAUCAAUCGCUACAGUACCAGUGAAAGCAUUUAAAGCAAACGUCCGACGCUCGGCACCAGAUUUCGAAGGGUCGCGACAGGUAUUCUUGUGGUUCACAAUGAUGUAUAUUAUAUUAAUCUUAAAACGAUAUGGCCGUCCAGAUUUUAUUUAUUUUAUAUUAUUUAUAUAUAUAUUAUAUUAGUUAUUAAAACAUUUAAAUUAUAGAUACGUAAUAUAUAGAGUGUGUAAUAUGUAUUCUUUUACCAGAUGUUGUAGUACUUAUAAUGUUAUGUGUAAAAUAAGCCUUUUAUUUUUAGUUAGGUACGUGAAAGACAAAAAUAUUUUAAGUAGAAAUUCGUUAACAAAUUGUAGAUAGCAUAUAUUAUAUUAUUAUUUUGUUUUAGUGAUCUCAAUAUACAAUUUAUUAUUUCGAUAACCAUCCCCCUUUCUGAAUUAGUUUUAGGUUUAAACGUCCAAAUGUUCUGUCGUUUUAGUAUUUAAAUCGAAUAUACCUAUAAGAUGAUCAUAUUAUAUAUAAUAUUAUAUUUUACGCGUUUGUAUAUUUUAUUAUUAUUUCUAUGUAUUACUAUUAUCUUUAAACAUGUAAAGGUACGUACCUACUUUUGUAAACAAGUUUCAUUAUAUAGACUGUUAAAGUUUAAGAUUAUUUUUUUGCAUUUUAUGGUUAAAAUAUUUAAUAUAUUAUUAUGUUUUUUUAUUGAUAGGAAGAAUGUAACGUUUUUAUUAUUUAUAUUAUAAAGAGUUCCAAAUGGUUCCACGUUCGAAUUUGACGGAAUCUGUUUUAAUUGUUUGGCAAUAAAUAGAUUUUUAAAUCAUUAUUUAAUUAUUUUUAUUAUUAUAUUAGACGAUAUAGAUUAAUAUGAAAUUAUUGUUUAUGCUUAAUUUGACGUUUAUAAGAAAUAUAUUUAUAUUAUAAUAAACUAUAUUUUCCAAGAUAAAAA